AUGGCUUUCUCCCUGUUUCGAUUCGCUCGCUUCCUUCGUUCCAUCUUCGUGCCUACGGCGUCGAUCAUCGCAUUCUCUUGCUUGCUCACAUUCAUCUUCGUGCUCUACCAACCCACGCCCGGUCCCGGAAGCCUGCAGAAGCUCGGAUGGCAGUCAUGGGAUACUGUAAACGAUCUCACGGGACAGGUAUCGGGCUCUUCGAGGCCUGCAGAUGACCUGGAGUCGCCAAGCAGUGGAAGCAGUGUACCCGAAGGGGUGGAUUGGUGGAACGUCACGACCAGCUCGGACGACUUGGACGUUGCUAGCCUUCCUCUAGACGUGUGGGAUCCUCUCAUGCAGCAUGACACCGGAUCUUGCGGGGCUUGGUUGAAGACUUACCUUUCAGUGUCCGAGAUUCACAUCACGGAGUGCUUGGUCGACCCGUGGCUCAUACCCUCAAUGGCGUCGGAGUUCUGCACCCCGCCUUCGACCAAGGAAGACGACGCUAAGAAGGGCAAAUGGGUCCGGGUGGAGCGUAACUUGAAGCUACAAGUCAGCAUGAAGAGCCUAAAUGUCUACUACCGUAGGACGCGGAGACACGAUAUUCCCCUCGUCACCGAAAUCCGUGUUCUUCCCGAGAAGGAGACUCCGUCCCCGUUCAGCCACUCCUGGAUUAAGGUCGCGCAUCCUCUGAAUCCGUUUGGGGAGAAACGAUAUUUGUGGUACAAGGCGGAGAAGACAUGGCGAGACAUGACGGACGCCGAACGCAAGAGCGAUCUCAUCACCGAAAUAGACGUCCUCUUUGGGUCCGAUCAGCCAUGGUACGGCUUCGAGAGGGUGCAGCAGGCCACGUACGACGGCGGAGGACCGCGAGAGCCUGUAUGGCUGACGUACCGUAAAGGCGUCAAGCCACCGCCUCGCGCCCCUCCACUGCACUUCUCGCGCGACGGCAAGUUCAAAAUUAUGCAAAUUGCGGAUCUUCAUUACUCCGUCAGCGUUGGGACGUGUAGAGACACCAUCCUUUCUCCCUGCACCGAGUCAGACAACCUCACAACGACCCUCCUGUCGCGCGUGCUCGAUAUCGAGAAGCCAGACUUCGUAGUCUUUACGGGCGAUCAACUUAACGGCCAGAUGUCUAGCUGGGACGAGCGAUCCGUCCUCGCGAAGUUCGCCAAGGCUGUGGUUGACCGCCAGAUCCCAUGGGCUGCCAUAUUCGGCAAUCACGACGACGAGGACGGGAUGAGCAGAGAGGCGCAGCUAAGGUAUCUGCAGGGACUCCCGUACAGCCUUGUCGAGCGCGGUCCGAAGGAUGUUCAUGGAGUGGGCAACUACGUGUUGAAAGUCAAGAGCGCAGACCCAUCCAUGUCCCAUCUCCUCACCCUGUACUUCCUCGAUUCCGGCGCAUACAGCAGCGGUGUCCAGGACUGGUGGGGGAUUUUCCAUGCCUCGGACUAUGACUAUCUCCGGCAAGACCAGAUCGACUGGUUCCUCCAAGAAUCCUCUUCCAUUGACGCCAUUGAGCGUCCAUUCACCCCUGACGGAGCGAAGGAUCUCGGAAGCGUAUGGAAGCGCCAAGCUGCCGAUCAGGUCUUGCCAAACUCGAAGCGCCUCGCGAAGCCGAAUGCGAUGAUGUUUUUCCAUAUACCCAUGCAAGAGAGCGGUGCAGCUGCUGACGUGGACCCAGUCACUGGCCAGCCCUUGGAUGUUGGAAACGUGCUCGAAGAGAGCGGCGCCUCCAAGAAGUCGGCAGGGUUCUUCCACAAGGGCCUGCUCCAGGCAUUCGAGAGCGACCAUCGGGCAGGCAGGCGCGCGACUGAAGUCAAAGUCGUCGCCAAUGGGCAUCAGCACAAUUCGGACAACUGCAAGCGCGUCAAGGGCGUGUGGCUCUGCUUUGGGGGUGGAGGCUCGUACUCCGGGUAUGGGCAGAUCGGCUUCGACCGGAGAUUCCGGAUCUACGAUAUAUCCGACUAUGGAGAGACUAUCCGGACGUACAAGCGUACGGAGCAUGAUGAUGUCCUCGAUGAUAUGAUUCUCGUGGGUCGCGGCGCGCCUCCUCCGUAUGAAGGUGUCGUUUGA